AUGAAUGGGAACAAUGGCAAGCGAAAGCUUCCCUUUUUCAAGUCCACUAGCCCAGUCGACCGUCAGCAAAAAUCCACCGUUCACUGGCAUCGCCUACUACGGUCGCUGUUAUAUUUGAUCGCUUGGAUCUUUUUGGUACUGGUAGUCAUUGGCAACACCUCUAAUAAACCAGUCCUACGCAGUACCUACUUUCUCUACCUCGAUCUUUCCAAUAUCAUCCCCGUAUCCAUUCCAAAUGCCGUCCUGAUCAACUCCAUCGCCCAAACCAUCGGAUUGCACGAUUUCUACCAGGUCGGCUUAUGGAACUUCUGCGAAGGAUACAAUGGACUGGGAAUCACUCACUGCUCCAAGCCGGAGACUCUCUAUGCCUUCAACCCAGUUGAGAUCAUCCUGAACGAGCUGUUGGCCGGUGCUACAAUCGCCCUCCCAGCCGAUAUCGAAAGCCCGUUGAAACUAGCCCGCACCGCCUCCCACUGGAUGUUUGGACUCCUCCUCGCCGCAGCAGUCCUCAACUUCGUCCUGAUCUUCGUCACCCCGCUCGCCGUGUCCUCGCGACACCCACGGAGCAUCAAAGCCUGGGCAGCAGGCUAUAGCGAUGGCCACCCACCCGCGGGUAAUCCGCCCCACCGUCGACGCACCUUCUUCUGGCUGCGCGCCCUGCCCAUGUUCAUUCUGACAUUUUUCACCGCGCUGGUGACUGUCGUCGGGUCGGCUGUCGCGACGGUCAUGUUCGUGAUCUUCGCCAAUGUCUUCUCAAACGCAGACCCGAGCAUCAAUAUCAAGGCGCAUGUCGGCACCCAGAUGCUGGUCUUUAUGUGGAUCGCUUCGGCGUUCAGUUUGAUCGCUUUUAUUAUUCAGAUCGGCUCUUGCUGCGCGGCUUGUUGUCGUGGCCGUAAGGCGCGUAAGCAGCUCAAGUUGGAGGGUGUGAACUGGCACGAGAAGGGCGCGGUUACACCCGUUGCGACUGAUCGCGCU